CGCCCCCGCCCCGCUCUGGAUGCCGAUCGCGGCUGCUCGGGCCGGGGGGUGGCUGCGGCUGCCCGGCGGGGGGCGCGGGGCAGGAUGCCGGUGCUGGAGCGCUUCUUCCCCGCGGCAGAGCCGGGCAGGCGGAGGAGGACGGGGGAAGAGCCGAUGCCCUUUCCCAUGGGCAGCCUGCCCGGUUAUCAGCAGGGGACCCUGGCCUGGGACUUGCCCGAGAUGAUCAAGAUGGUAAAGCUCGUUUGGAAAUCCAAGGGCGAGCUUCGCGGGGCGAAACACAGAGGGGUUCUGGAGAGUGAGGAUGCCCUGAGCGGCUCGGCAGGAGAUGCACGGGUGAGAGGUCAGACAGGGGUUCUCUCCGAGCGCCGCGGCUCCUACCCGUUCAUAGACUUCCGUCUUCUUAACAAUACAACAUUCUCAGGGGAAAUCGGCACCAAGAAAAAGGUGAAAAGACUGUUAAGUUUUCAGAGGUAUUUCCAUGCAUCUCGGUUACUGCGUGGAAUCAUACCACAGGCCUCUCUGUACCUGCUGGAUGAGGACUACCUUGGACAAGCACGGCAUAUGCUAUCCAAAGUGGGAACAUGGGAUUUUGACAUUUUCUUGUUCGACCGCUUGACAAAUGGAAACAGUCUCGUAACACUGCUCUGUCACCUCUUCAACGUGCAUGGACUUAUUCACCAUUUCCAGCUAGAUAUGGUUACAUUACAUAGGUUUUUAGUUAUGGUUCAAGAAGAUUACCACAGCCAGAACCCUUACCACAAUGCUGUCCAUGCUGCUGACGUCACACAAGCUAUGCACUGCUAUCUAAGGGAGCCCAAGCUUGCCAACUUCCUCACCCCAUCGGACAUCAUGCUUGGACUGCUGGCUGCUGCAGCUCAUGAUGUGGAUCAUCCAGGGGUCAACCAGCCAUUUUUGAUCAAAACGAAACACCACCUUGCCAGCCUGUACCAGAAUGUUUCAGUGCUAGAAAAUCAUCACUGGAGAUCUACAAUAGGCAUGCUUCGAGAAUCACGACUCCUCGCUCAUCUGCCCAAGGAGGUGACACAAGACAUCGAACAGCAGUUAGGCUCCCUGAUCUUGGCAACAGACAUCAACAGACAGAAUGAGUUUUUGAUUCGUCUGAAGUCUCACCUUGACAAUCAGGAUUUGAGACUGGAGGAUGCACGAGACAGACAUUUUAUGCUACAGAUUGCACUCAAGUGUGCUGACAUCUGCAACCCCUGCCGGCUGUGGGAGCUGAGCAAGCAGUGGAGCGAGCGGGUCUGCGAGGAGUUCUACCGCCAAGGUGACCUGGAACAAAAAUUUGAACUGGAAAUAAGCCCACUUUGUAACCAGCAGAAGGAUACAAUCCCAAGCAUUCAGAUUGGGUUCAUGACGUACAUUGUAGAGCCACUCUUUGAGAGGUGGGCCCAGUUUACAGGAGACACCCCCUUAUCUGAAAACAUGUUAAACCAUCUCAGGAGGAACAAGGCAAAGUGGAGGAGUUUACUCCAUAAGCAACACAGCAGUAGUAGGAGCAAUGACCACUCAGGUCAAGUGACUGGCAGCCAGGAACAGACUUUAAAUGAAGAAGAAACUCCUUAGUGGCAGCUUUGCACUUUUCCUUAUAGCACUGCUAUCUCCGUCUUGAUCACAGCAGCAAGCAGAAUCCUGAGGAGUUAGGAGCCUGUUGUCAAGACCAUGGAAAGGGAAGAAAUGGCAAAGCAGAUACUGUAAGGGUCCUCAUGAACAAACCCAUGGUUCUGCUGGUUCCUUUCUGGAUCUCCUCCAUCUUCCUCUCACCUCUCUUCAUUCUGUGCAUGCCUGAUGCCAUCUGUCACUUCAGAUCACGAACUGCUUGAAUGCAGGGUCCCAGCCAGCAGAGCUGAAGCCGAGCCAGUUACUGCUGCCGUGAAGCAGGGAGGAUUACCGAGAGAACAGAGGAGGAUAGAGGCACUCUUGGUUAUAUAUUCAUUUACCAUGAGUCAUACUGUGACAUAUGUAUAUAGGCCCAGAACGCCGUACGCUUUCCAGUCUGGCAGCUGGGCUGCACAUGAAACCACCAGCAUCUUCAGAACCCAGAGGACACUGGUUGAGUGAGACAGCGCUCGCAGAGGGCAGAGAGAAUCUGGUUAUUUUAGUAAUUAAAAUAAAAACCUUUUUAACUUUUGUAUUCUGUGCACUAAACAGAUCUAUAAACUUUGGACUGAAGUUACACAACUCUGUGUACACAACUCCAGUGUAACAAGGCUCAUUUUGGUAAUCAUUUUUAUGCCACUUUGGAUAAAAGACGGGCAUCUUCUCAUUGCAAGGAACAGUAUUCCCUCGCAAAUGAAGGGGAAGGUGUUGCUGUACAGUCUAACCCUCUGAAACAUGAACAGAUCUACCUUUUGAGUACUGUUUCAAGUAACAUGUUUAUAUUCAUGUGUGUAUAUUUUCUGUAAAUACGAGACGCUACUGAUUCCCAUGCCAAAAUACUGGAGUAUUGUGGGAUUGCUACCUGUAAAAAACAUUGGCACUGUGAACAGAAUACUGUUAGUUUUAAUACAAGAGAAACCAUUUGUAAAUACGUUACAGAGUUUAUUAAUAUUCACUGUUGUUUGUGGAUAAAAGCCUUAACUUUUAGCAUCCUUCAUCUUCUGAUAGCUGCCAAAAAUCAUAUGAACACAAGAUACAAUUCUGUACUGCCUUUCCACUAUUGAAGGUGUACCACAGGUCAUUAGGGAAUGAAGUCUGGCAGAAUAACUUCUUGAAAACUUCAAACACAUUCCAUAUGGGUCCGUGUUGUUAAACCGUAGCACCUUGCACAUUCAGUAUAGGCAAAAAGAGAGCCUGAAGUUCAAAACAAACAAGCAAAGCCAGAAGUCCACAGCAACAACCACAGAUCAACAAUUCAAACAGAUUAACAUUAAGUCAAGAGUGUGAUUUUUUCAUUAAAUAGCAUAAUGAUCUAAAAAGCACGACAUCCUAAUAAUUCUGGAAUUCAGUUCUUUUCUUAAGCAAUGUUGUAGUGGAUAUGGGUUCCCCCCCUAUAUUCUCUUACUCAGAUAUCCAGCAUAUAAAUACAUUUGUAUUUUUCUUUUCAUUGAAAAAAAGAAAAGAAAAGAAAAGAAACCUUCAACCAACUGCUAGAUCUGUCUCACUCACUGAAGGAAGAAAUGCUUUCCAGUCAGCCUGUUAAGGAAAGUCCUCGUAACUGUCAUAGUAGUUGAGGAAUUGGUUUUUCUGAAAGAUACAUGGCCCUACUUAUGUCAUAAACAGCCUCAGUUCAUUCUAUGCGAAGCUUCCUUUAAGCUUCCAUGAUUUCACCAAGAUCGCAUUCUUGGGCACUACUGCAUGGCACCAAAGGGAUUGCCUUCACUCCCCAAAAGAUCUAAUAGCGUCCAGACAAAGUAAAGCAUUGUUAAACCCUCAGCACAUCAAAUCAGCACAGCUGCUUUCCAAAAGAACUAGCAGAUAUGGCCAUGUGACCAUAUUCUGGUACAGUGUCUUUGGACAGGCCAACAAAGCACUAUUUAAGUUGGUGUUUGAGAGAACUCUUAGAGAGCUGCAAGGGUAGAUGCAGUAGAAUUUAGUUUUAGUUACAGGGAACACUGACUCUGUCAGACAAAGUCUUCACAAUCAUAAAGUGACUAACAUGUUUAAAGGACAACAGAAUGCACAAGGUUUAGUGAAGGAUGCUUUAUUCUACUAAGUCAGUCACUGGACAUGUAUCUUCAGAAAAAAAGGACUGAAAUUCAGUGAAAUAGGAAGGUGGAAAUCACUAGCUAUGAGUAACAGAAAAUUCUCCUUCCUCCCUCUUGUAAACAGGACUCAUAUAUUAGAUGUGCCACAACAGUCAAAGAGAAGGAGUCGAGUUGUGGUAGAAUAAAAUUAUUUCUAACUAUAGGACAUAAAUGCCUUUUUAACCACCUGAUGGUGGAGGUGGGAGCAUCACCACUUUACAGCUUUUUAGAUAGAUAUUCCUUCAUGACAGAUUUAGGACAAUUAUUAGGACAUUAUACAAGCAGUAUAAUGGGCUGCCUACAAGCACUUAAGUACAUACAAAAGAAUAUCAUUUCCCUUGUUUUGUCUUUUAUACUAAGAAAAUGAAGCCAUUUUCCAUCUAGUUCAAAGAAUUCUUUAAAGUGUUCUGAGGUUUAGUUAAAUAAACCUGGUGCCUAGCAGCAUAAAAAGCUCUUGACAGAAACAUUGCUGUGCUGCUGAGGAGCAUCCAGAAAAUAGGUCCAACAGGAGAGCUUAGUGCACGUCAAGUUCUGUUACAGCUACAGUGCAUCCAAGGUUUUUUCUGUAAUUAGAGCCUAAGGGGCCUAUUACAAGACUGCUCUUACCAAGAGAAAUCUUCCUAAUAAACUUUGAAAAGCUGCUCUUAAAAUAAAGGGGUUUUUUUGUUGUUGCUGUUUGUUUUGUCCGGGGUUGAGGUUGGGUGCACUGAACAUUCUUGCUGAAUUUCAAUCACCCUAUCUAAUGAAAAGGUGCUUGAAAUAAGAAAUAAGUUCAGGGUGGCUCUAGAAAUGCUUCUGUUGUUCAAAGCCAAAGCCAUUACAGAAGUUUGGGUCUGGACCAGUUUGCCUCAGGUGCUCUAGAUAAAAGUGAGCUGAAAAACCAGGCUCUGGCAACCAGAUUCACUGGGGUCUGCGAUUGGACUGGAUGAUCUUAAUUAAAAGUCUUUUCCAAUCUUCACAAUUCUAUUAUUCCCCAGAAAAAUAAGCCAAACCAUAUCUGCUGCAGCUGAUUCAGCAACACCAGUGCUUGGUAUUAUCUAGUAGCAUAGAGAACACUGUGGGGCUGGGACUUCUCCCCAAGGAUGCCAGCAGGACAGUGUAUGAACUGAAUGGAAAAAAAAAAGUAUGUGCAGACAUACAAAGUCCAUGGAUUAUUACUCUGGCAGCCUUAUUGGAAGACUUUAGAGGAAGACCUUGUGAGACAUUUUCCUUUCUUACUGGGCCACUGCAGCUAGAAGACUGCAGUUUUAAAACUUUUUCAUUUUCAAACUUUCAAAAAGUUUUUCAUGUAUGUAAUGAAGGAAGCAGAUAAUUGCUAAGAAGAAGCUUAACACACCCUAACAAUGCCGCACAAACCUUCACUUAAUUGAUUAAAACCAGUUUCUUCAAAUGCAGGCUUCAUUUUAUCAAAGAGGCAAAAUUCUGAAUAAAUAGAGUGGUAAUAAGUGACAUUUUUAAGUUGGUUAGAACAAUAUAUGCAUAUGCACUUUCAUUAAGUAAAGGUUCAACCUGCCUUUGGGUUUCUAAGGGCCAACAUUCAGGCCACCAACCAAAAUGGGAAAACAUGAACUAUAACAAAUGAAUACUCCUAAAAAAUAGAAGCAGUCAGAUGAGUAGCUGACAUUAAGUAGCACCUCUGUAUGUUCUCUCUAACAUCAAUCUGUUCGUUUCACAUGGACUACUGGUUUUCACAAAGAAAAUCAGUCUCCUAUAAUGACCAAUGAGAAGGUUGUUGCCACAGCAAAAGGAAUAAUCUACAUCUCAAACUGCACGGCAGCUGUCUUAACAGCUUUUCUUAACUCUGGAAACUUCUAAUGGAAAGUUCAACCAUCAAAACAGAGGUGGACUGCCCACAAGUCCUUCCAAAUGCACUGCUCUUGGAAAGGAGAAACACUCCUUUUGUUUUCAGAUAUCAGAUACCAGACAUCACCUAUAGCCUUUCAUUCUAAUAAACUCAGAUCAGCACUCCAUAAGAUUCUCCCACUCUCCUCCAGACACCACUGCCCACAGAUCCAGUAAUAAAACUUAAAUUAAGACCCCAUGAAUUUAAAAGAAGAAAAAAAAAAGCCAUGCCAAAACCUAAACAAAACAGAAUAAAACCACAAGGCAAGCUUCAUGCCAUGAACGUGUGUCUGAAUUAUUUUGAUUGGUGCAAACGAUUACUGUAUUAUUUGUUUCUAUAAGUCAUCCAAUAUUUUAGGUACAUAAACUUUCAGUGCAGAGCAUAAGUUUGACUUGGAUGUAAAAAUAUAUUCUGCUUAUCUCUGAAAUCAAGAUUGUAUAUGUCAUGUUUAUUGUAAAGCAUUUUAUAUAUACAUAUUCACAUAUCUUGUACGACUCAAUGGGCCAAACACUGGUCCCACCAACUUCACUGGGACCAAGAAUCAGCCCACAUAUGUGCGUAUAUUUGCCAUAUGCAUCAUUCUAAAAGGAAGCACUAGAUUGUGUGAAAAUGCUGUGACUGCUAUGCAGUGAUGCCAAGAGACUUAAUUGUAUCUUUUUUAACAUACUGCUGUAAGUAUUCAUCAUGUCAAAGAAUGACAACUAAUAAAUAAAAA